AUGAGAUUCAAUAUCCAGAGAAGCUUCUCUGUUUCCUCCAACUUACUAAGGGAGUGGAGGCUGGUUGAAUGUAGAAGAGUUGCCAAACAGCCGCAGUACCAAGUAGGUGACCCGAAACCGUUAUAUAUUCAAAAGGAAAAAAGGCGUUUCCCUGACUAUCCAUACGGUGAAUCACAUAUUUUCAAACAGAGCAACAAGGGUCUGUAUGGCGGGUCGUUUGUUCAAUUCGGUAAUAACGUCUCUGAAUCUAAGCAGAAAACAAGAAGAAAAUGGCUGCCCAAUAUUUUGAAAAAGUCAUUAUGGAGUGAGACCUUGGGUAGAAAAAUACCCAUCAAGAUGACUGCGAAGGUACUAAAAACGAUCACAAAAGAAGGUGGUAUUGAUAACUACCUAACUAAAGACAAGUCCGCCCGAAUUAAGGAGUUGGGUCCAACCGGCUGGAAAUUGAGGUACACCGUUUUAACCACACGGGACAAGAAAGAAAACCCCCCGCACAAAGAUUCUAAGGUGGUACAGGAUUCAAAUGGUAAUAGCAUAACUGUAUACUACGAAUUGCCAUACAAGGGGUCUUCCACAUUACAGAUUACAUGUGGAAGAAGAAAACUGUUAAAGCUGUUGUUCCCCUUGGAAAAACUAGAAUGCAAGGCCGAUGGGGAAGCUAUAGAUUUCAAGAAAUUUUUAGAACGUUACCAACAUUCCCCAAUCGAUGCGAUUGUUUCUAAGUUGGAUCAAUAUGGGUUUGAUUUACGACAAAUUACCGCUAACUAA